AUGGCUCAGCAACCAACAGACAAUGUCAUUCGAAGGAAACUGGUUAUAAUUGGUGACGGUGCAUGUGGUAAAACGAGUCUGCUCAGUGUCUUCACUCUUGGAUAUUUCCCAACGCAUUAUGUGCCGACGGUAUUUGAAAACUACGUCACCGACUGCAGAGUAGAUGGACGUUCCGUACAGCUGGCACUGUGGGAUACAGCGGGCCAAGAAGAUUACGAGCGACUGCGACCUUUAGCAUAUUCCAAGGCACACGUGUUGCUGAUAGGCUUCGCUGUCGACACACCGGACUCGUUGGACAAUGUCAAGACCAAGUGGAUCGAGGAAGCGAACGAGCGUUGUCCCGGUAUACCGAUCAUUUUGGUCGGACUGAAGAAAGAUCUCCGAGACGAUCCCGUGGCAGUCGAAGAAAUGCGCAAGAAAUCGCUGCGAUUCCUGUCGUCGAAAGAAGGAAGCGACGCCGCCGCUCAGAUCGGAGCUCGAAAAUACCUCGAAUGUUCAUCGUUAACAGGAGAGGGCGUGGACGACGUGUUUGAAGCAGCAACCCGGGCGGCACUUCUCACAUUUGAGAACCAAAGGAACUCUUGCUGUGUGAUUUUAUGA